GAGUGAUUUAUAUGAAAAAAAAUGCCUUCUCGCAGAGACCCGAUCUUUUUGGUUGUGCACUAGCUCAUGUUGGUGUUAUGGACAUGCUACGGUUCCACAAGUUUACCAUAGGUCAUGCAUGGACUUCUGAUUAUGGCUGUUCUGACAAGGAGGAAGAAUUCCAAUGGUUAAUUAAGUACUCGCCUUUACACAAUGUCAGGAGACCAUGGGAACUGCAUGCAAGCCAACCUCACCAGUACCCAUCUACCAUGCUAUUGACUGCAGAUCAUGAUGAUCGAGUCGUACCAUUGCACACGUUGAAGUUAUUGGCGACCUUGCAAUAUGUUCUGAGCACAAGUUUGGAGAAAAGCCCACAGACCAAUCCGAUUAUUGGUCGCAUUGAAUGCAAGGCUGGGCAUGGAGGCGGACGUCCAACCCAGAAAAUGAUUGAUGAAGCUGCAGACCGGUAUAGUUUCAUGGCUAAGAUGUUGGGUGCAUCUUGGAUAGAGUAGUUUUAUCGAUGCUUGACAACAAAGAUGAAAAGAGCGAAAAAAAAAGAAAAAGAGUUCAUGGCUAAGUUGGGUGCAUGCUGUUGUCGACCUCCUGGGUUAGGUUAGGUUAGCACAGGCUAUUUUAAAGUUGAACUAUGGCGCGCAAAGCAAUACGUUAUCUUGAGCAGUAGCUAUUGAUCAACACAAGAUGAAUUCAGCGUCAGCAAGGAAAAAAACUUGGGAUGAAGUGAGAAUCGGCUGUUAUUCCACGCUUUCUUCAGAGUUACUGUGUUGGUGGGUGUGCUUUAAUUAAUUGCCAAGAAGGGCUCCUUUUUCCUUUUGCCUUCUAAAUUUGUAAGGGAUCUUGUUCUAUAUCAGUCAUGGCCCAAGAUUACUCUUGGACAAUUAAUCUCGAUGUUCCUAAA